AUGAAGUAUAAAACAAGGCGCACACGAAACGAACACCGCGAGAAAGAAAAAAUGAAUAAACUAACAAAUAUCUUUGCAUCAAUUUUGUUUGUACUGUUCUCAUUCGCGUUCUAUUUGACAAUUUCCUUUACACCACUUACAAAGGACGAGCAGAUGGAGCGCUACAACAAGAUGACAGAGAACGUAGAACCAUUUAGGAAGAACUUGACUGAAUGUGCGCGUCAGGUCAAAGCUUCGAUGGCGGACGUCGAGAACUUUAUGAAACGUAUCCCACAGGCGUCCUUGCAAGGGAAAUGUUUCGUCGCCUGUAUUCUCAAACGAAACUCAAUAAUAAAGAACAACAAAAUUAGCAAAGAACAUUUAUUAGAAGCUAAUAGAGCUGUUUAUGGCGAGGAUAGUGAGGUGAUGGCUCGUUUAAAAACUGCUGUAAGCGAGUGCACGAAGGCAGUCGAAGGAAUAUUUGAAGUUUGUGAAUACGCGUCAGUUUUCAACGAUUGUAUGCACAUUAAAAUGGAACAUAUCCUGGACCAGGUGACGAUGGAGCGGCGUAUGGAAGCGAUAGGAAAGAUGACGUCAAACCCCGACCAAUGGACCGAAGAAGAAGAUGAGAUCUUGAAGUUGGUCAAAGAUGAAUUAUAGACUUUUGUUCAUUGUGUUAUAAUGUAAGUUUAAGUAGAGGGAUGGGUUACUAUCAAAACUUUUUUCAGAUGAUCACUUCGUUCAUUUAAAAUCAAGAGAUACAACAUAUGAAUGGUCACUGUAUA